CCACAUUAGGCAGGCUGUGGCUGCGUCACUUCAGAGCCAUUGACUGAGUUCACCACUUCCAUACUUACGUUGCACUCGGUUCCGCUCUGGAUGCCCCCCCGGGCCAUACUCUAUGACCUGAGUGACACGUAUAUCAUCAUCUUGCAACCUGUACAUCAACAUGGACUCUGUCGAAGGUCGCAGCAACGCUCAUGGUGUGCAUGGGACCCCAGACCCGCUGUACCAGGUUAAGCUCUUGUCUGCACUACGGAGCGGAGACCCAGCGCGUAUACAUACGUUUCUGUCCGCACUGAACAAGGAUAGCCGGAAGUCUGUCGAAAGCGAUCAUGAGUUGGGAGCAACCGCGCUUCACCUUGCCAUACGUUGCGCAUCGACCGAUACCGUGGCACUACUCCUAGCUCACCGCGCGAUCUCCCCCAACGCGGUACACCCACCCGGCACCGGAACGACGGCUCUUCAUCUUGCAGCGUCAAUAGCGCGCGUGGAUGUUAUCAAUUUACUGCUUGACCAGGACGGGAUUGAUGACACGCUCAGAGAUAGUCAGGGGAGGACGUGUCUAGACGUCGCGAAGGGAAAGGAGACUAUCCGGGCAAUACAAGACUCGCGCGCGUACUUGACUGCGUCGUAUCGCUCACUGCUGCGUACAUAUAUCCUCUCCGCGCCAGCGGAUCCUCCACCCGACGACCUGAUCAAGCUUUUGUCGUUGCCACGCAUACGCCAUGUCGAUCUAUCGUACCUGGACGAGUCUUCUGGGCGGACUCUCCUCCAUGAAGCUGUCAGGCGGAAGGAUCUACGGUUGGUGGAACUCGCUGUCCGUGCAGGCGCGGAUGUCUUCGCUCGAGAUCGACACGGAAAGGCUUUGUAUGACAGUGCCGGCAAGGACGACCGUGUCAAGGCGUUCUUGAGGCAGUUCACGAAUCAAGACCCGUCUCUGUUGAAACCAACCUCAGAUUCGGAGCCACCUGAGCUGAAGGGGUAUCUGAACAAGUAUACAAACGUAGCGAAAGGCUACAAUACCCGGUGGUUCGUUCUAAAGAAUGGAGUUCUAUCAUACUAUCGACACCAAGAGGAUGAGUCCAUAGCCAGUCGUGGCUCAAUCGCUAUGAAGACCGCCGCACUGCACGUAUCCCCGGGCAACUCAGGCCUGCGCUUCGAGGUGCAUUCCACAGGUGUUCGCGGCGCACAGAAGUGGUAUCUAAAGGCAAAUCACCGCGUCGAAGCUGCACGAUGGACGCAGGCGCUACAGAAAGCGGUCGAGUACGCUCGCCAUGAGGGCGAUAACGAGCGCAAGAGCGGUGAGAGCGACGUGCCUAGCUUGCCCAGCUUCUCCGGGGGCACCUCGAUCCGAGGUACGUUGGUGAGCACGCACGUCUCGCGUGCCAAGCUCGCCGACAGCAUUCACCAUUCCGCCGCGAGCUCAAUGCUGGGUGCCGAGACAGAGUCGGGCGACGACGUCCCUUCGAAGCAUGAGAAGAGCCUGAAGGAGUCGAGCGAUGAGCGGGACGAGGGACACGAGUCAUUCGCCGAGUCUGAGGGCAAGAUACUCCCACACAACAACUCGUUCGAGCUGCAAGGAAGCACACUCGUAGCGCAGGUCGAGCUCGCGUCCGAUCUUGUCUCGAAGAUGCCCGUGCCCGAUCCAUCCCCGAAAGCCAUCGAACUGAGGACAGCCGUAGAGGACACGCUGCAAUCCGUGCAUGGCAUGCUUGUUGAGUACGUGCAGAUGGUCAAGGACCGCGAGGACUGGUGGAAGGCGAAGCUCGAGCGCGAGCGCGAGCGGCAGAACCUGUGGGAAGAAAGCCUGCAACUGGUGGUCCAGGACUCCCAGACCCUGGAGAGUGAGCUCCGCAAGCAGUCUCGCCGGCGCAGCCGAAUGGAAUCGAGCUACGUCUCCGCGAUGACACACGUAGACAGUGGGGGCACGAUCAAGGCCCGGUCGCCCCAGCUUGCUUCUCCCAUGUCUGAAUCGGCCAGCUCCUUCAGUGUUCAGACGCCUACGUCGCCACCACCGACACCUGGACUCGGCGUUGGGAUGAUCCGCCGCCCGAUCUCUAGACAGGCAUCUGCGACGUCACCUAUACAGUCUAUAAUGGCUGCGUCUGCCGCUCGAGCGUUCUCGGCGACUGGGGCCCCGCCUACCGCGGACGACGACACUAUGGUCGACACGGACGAGGAGGAUGAGUUUUUCGACGCGAUUGAGAGCAACAACCUCCCGAAUCUCGUUGUCAAGCCUGUGAUAUCCGACCAUUUGUGGAUCACGAUCCACAGGGACCAGUAUCUCGGCUAUCUCAAGCUUCGUCAACGGCUCGCCAUAGACAACGAUGACCGGCCACCUAUGAGCUUGUGGGCGGUGCUGAAGAAUAGCAUUGGCAAGGAUUUGACGAAGAUAUCCUUCCCUGUGUUCUUCAAUGAGCCAACGAGUAUGCUGCAACGCAUGGCCGAAGACAUGGAGUUCUCCGAGUGUCUUGAUUCUGCGCACGCCGAGACUGACGCUCACCGGCGCAUUGCUUACGUGGCUGCCUUUGCAAUGUCCAAUUACUCGUCAACGAUCGGUCGAAUAGCCAAACCCUUCAAUCCGAUGUUGGGCGAGAGCUUCGAGUACGUUUCGCUAGACAAGGACUAUCGCUACAUGUCCGAGCAAGUCAGCCACCAUCCACCAAUGUCAGCCUGCUGGGCGGAGUCCCCUCACUGGCGUUACUAUGGCGAGGUUGAUGCCCAGAACAAGUUCAUGGGUAAAUCUUUCGAGAUCCGUCCAACAGGCGUAGCACACGCGGAACUUCUGCUCCCCAAGGAACGGGCGCCAAAUUACCCAGUAGCCAAAGGACCGCACGCUGAAGGUCGGGUAGUUGAGCAUUUCAGCUGGAAGAAGGUUACGACCAAUAUCUCUGGCUUCAUCCUGGGCUCGCCGACCAUCGAUCACUACGGUGACAUGGUGGUCACCAAUCAUCGUACUGGAGACAAAUGCGUGCUCACUUUCAAGCCCCGUGGCUGGCGUGGAAAGGACGCGUUUGAGAUCUGUGGCUACGUAUCGGAUGUCCACGGCAACGUGACCUACGAGAUCGCUGGGCGCUGGAACAGUCAGUUGGUAGCGCGAGCCGUAGGUACUGGUAUAGGGCAGCUUCAUCCCGACGUCAAAGUCGGUGGUCAGGACUCGUCCGUGACCCCGGAGUAUAUUCUCCUCUGGCGCAACUCGGAGAAGCCCGCGGCACCAUUCAACCUCACUCCAUUCGCCGUCACGCUCAACGACUGCCCGGAUACGCUCGGGCCCUACGUCGCACCAACGGACUGCCGCCUCCGCCCCGACCAACGUGCCUUCGAGCUAGGCAAGUACGAACGUGCGAAUGAACUCAAGAACAAGCAAGAGGAAUUCCAGCGGGCGACACGGAAAGCGCGUGAGGAGGGCCGCGCGCCCCCUCACCGUCCGCGCUGGUUCUCUGCAGAGACGGAACCUGACACAGGCGAGAGGGUGUGGGCCCCGUCGACGGUCAACGGCGAGCUGGAGUAUUGGAUAGAACGCGACAAAGUGUGGGACUCCAGACAUGUAGGGCAGGUGACUUCUUGGAAGAAUGUUGACCGUAUCUUCAUCGAGGAUCAACCAUAACGCCGCCGCUGCUAUGGUUGGACUUGUUGACACUAUAUGCACGUCUAGGGAUCGACGCGUACGAAGUUAAUGCAUAUGUAUCUAUGGCAUUGUUGUAGACUAGCACGCUCCCCGUUUCGCGAAGAAUAGCAAUGUAUCCGUUGUUCCUGUCAGGGUCUCAGGCCCCGCAAGCGCCGGUGGUGAUAACAUCCUUUGCCAGACACACGAAGGCCUGAUCAGAAUAAAUUUUUGGAGCCGAGAAUCGAUGGAAGAAGUAUUCAUGGCACGGCCUCAGCCGUCAGGCCAGCAAUGGUCUACACAGGCUCAGCCUAUGGCCUUACGCUCACCUACCGCAAUGAAGCCAUCCUCCGGGGUACCGGUCACUUAGUUGGUAUGUCUGUGGCUCGUAGCUGAAUGGAACCGUCAUGCCCUC